UUUAAGCAGAGUAGCUGGAACUUAGAUGAAUGUGUCUCAAAGGGAACGAGGCUUCACUGAAUACUGCAUUGAAUUGUUAUGCACCCUACGCUUCACCUGUCUGAACCAAUCCCAUUACCAUGGCUUCUCUGGGUCAGAUCAUUUUAUGGAGCAUGAUCACCAUCAUCAUAAUCCUGGUAGCAGUGAUUGUGCUGAUCAUCGGCUUUGGUGUUUCAGGGAGACGCUCCAUCAGCGUCACCACACUAACCUCCGCUGGGAACAUUGGGGAAGAUGGCAUCUUGGGCUGCACUUUUGAACCUGACGUCAAGCUCAGCAACAUAGAGAUUCGGUGGGCUAAAGCUGGGGUCUCUGGGAUGGUGCAUGAGUUUAAAGGCGGCAAGGACCAUCUAAAGGACCAGGAUGAAGUGUUCAAGGGCCGGACAGCAAUAUUCCCAGAGCAGGUGAUUGGUGGGAAUGCCUCCUUGAUGCUGAGAGAUGUGCAGCUCUCCGACGCUGGUGCUUACAGGUGCUCUGUCACCACAUCCAAAGGGAAUGGAGAAGCAGGGCUGAAAUACAAGACCGGAGCCUUCAGCUCUCCAGAGAUGCAUGUGGAUUACAACAGCAGCAUGGACACCCUGCGGUGUGAGGCUCCCCGGUGGUUCCCUCAACCUGUUGUGACUUGGACCUCACACAAUAACACAAGGGACAACUUAUCUGAGGUCUCCAACACCAGCUUCAAGCUGAACUCUGAGAAUGUGACUAUGAAUGUGGUAUCUGUUCUGCACAACAUUACAGCUAAUACUACCUAUACUUGUGUAAUCAAGAACGACAUUGCCAAAGCUACAGGGGACAUCAAAGUGACAGAUUUCAGCAUCAAGAAGACAGUUCAUUUGCAGCUAUUGACCACGAAUAUGGCAUCAGGCUCCUUAUCCCCUCCUGCCCUUUACUGGAUACUUCUGUCUCUCCUGUACCUGAUGGCUUUGUAGUGCUUGAUCUCCAUAAAGAAAUGUGAAGAGGAGUUGGAACUGGAGGUAAGAUUGGAAGAAGUGCAGAGGGCAGAUCAGUGUAUGGAGACUGUCAUUACUGAGCCUUAUUAAAGCAACAGGUUGGAUCCCAGACCUCUGUGGCUAUGGUAAUAGCUCUUUUUGCUGGCUGAAUCUCCCCUCCUCCCGCUUUUGAAGCUAGCAUUACAGAUGUGUCCUUUCCUGGAUUCCCUCAUUCUCCCACAUCCCUCCCCACUUUCUCUGAUUCUUUCCCUAUAUUCCCUCCCUCCUUCCCAAAUGCUUAUUCUUCCACUCAACCCCUUCUGCCUCACAUCCUUCCCUGCAGGGUCAGAGGCUCAACAGUGCACAGUGCAGCAGGCGACAGCAACAGGUAACCAACUAAAACAAAAAGCCCUUGGUCUCUCCCUACAGGACAGACACCACAGCUGUGCUGAGUCUGAGAAGAAAACUUCAGUUUUGUGUUCCCCGUUGGACUCAGAACUGUCACUAUGGCCACCUCCAGGCCUGGGGUUAUAGAGGGGAACUGACUAGCAGCAGCAUCAGAUUAGUGUGGGCUUUGCUGCUGUUACUGGGUUGGUCGGUUGGUUGAUGGACGGACCUGGGUUUAAAAAAAGAAGUCGGAUGGGAUGGGACGUUAAUUUAUUUUUCUUGUAUCUGAAAGAUGAAAAAUUCCACAAGGAUACCAGGCAAGAUUAAGUGGGAAGGAAGACGUCCUAACCAAAGGAAUGGGAUACAUUUUCUUACUUAGAUAAUGUAGUGAUCAAAACUUUGUUUUUAUCUAUCUAUAAAGGCUCUAUCCAUGAUCACGCAGAUGGAAAAAGGAUUUGCCACAUUGGAUCAGAUCAUUGAUGCCUUGAGUUCAGCAUAUUAUAAUAUGCAAAUUGUGUAUUUUUUCUUAAAACGACCUAUAACAUUUGAUUAUCCAGGCCUCACUAAUCUAUCAGAAUUCUC